AUGUCCGACCUCGAUGGAGGCUCGUUAGAUUACUCGGACGAUAAUUUGGGCAAUUUCGUGGUCAACGACGAUGACCACCCCAGGUCAGCAAAACGGCGUCGAUUGAGUGCCCGAGAGCCCGGGGAGGCUCGCCAGCGGCCGCGCCCGCAGACCAUCAAUGGAAAUAGUAACAGCGAGGGUUCUGAUUUUAGCUCAGACUCUUACGGUGAUGACGACGAGCGUCGACCAACAACACCCGAUGAAUUCUACUCCCGAGAUGAGCCCGGAGAGCAGCCCUCCAGAUACAAGACGUUCAUCCCGAAAAAUAUGCGCAAUAAUAUUCGAGAGAAUAUAUUCGUCACUCAACUUACACAACCUCCAUCACCACCUGAAAUGAUUCGGGGGCCUAGAUGGAAAAAGCCCGAUCCUGUCCCUCCCCCACCUGCGAUCAUGGACACGGUCGUUGCCGAGCCUGAGGCCCAGGAUACCCGACAAGAGCAGGAUUAUGGGGACGACGAAGAUAUCAAGGCUGCGAUUGAAGCGUCACUACAUUCAUUCGAAGAGGAGAAGACACGGGAGACUAGCCCGACUAGCCCAAAAGGUCUCGAACUUGCCUCAGCCCCUGCGCCUUUAGACUCUAUGGAUCUCUUUGAUGACAUUCCGGACGAUGCAUUUGACUCGGACUUAUCUCUAUCGCCACCAACAACGCAAGCACCGAAGAUACCUUGGACUACUUCGCAGGCUCGAAAUCGUCCAUUAGGUGUCCAUCAAACGACGUUAUUUGACAUGGCUGCUCGAAAUCCAGCAACACAGCCCCCGCGCGGCGAGCAGAUGAUGGCUCCGCCGGACAAGGUCGAGCCUCCGACACAACACAAACUCAAUGAAGACUCCCUGGGCACUUGGGUAUACCCUACCAACCUGGGCAAGACCCGUGACUACCAGUUCAAUAUUGCCCAAAAAGGGCUGUUUCAUAACUUGCUGGUAGCCCUGCCUACAGGUUUGGGAAAGACAUUCAUCGCCGCCACCAUCAUGCUCAAUUGGCUUCGCUGGACUAAAGACGCCCAGGUCAUAUUUGUUGCUCCAACAAAGCCGCUGGUAUCUCAGCAGAUAUCCGCGUGUCUUCAAAUUGCAGGUAUUCCACGGUCUCAAACGACCAUGCUGACAGGCGAAGCUCCGCCCGGGAUUCGCGCAGAAGAAUGGAAGACCAAACGCGUCUUCUUUAUGACCCCGCAGACUUUAACAAACGAUCUCAAGUCGGGAAUAGCCGACCCCAAAAGGAUUGUAUUACUCGUUGUAGACGAGGCCCAUCGUGCCACUGGCGGCUAUGCUUAUGUAGAAGUUGUCAAAUUCCUGCGGCGGUUCAACCAGAGCUUCCGGAUAUUAGCUCUAACCGCAACACCGGGGUCCAAUGUUGAGUCAGUGCAGGCCGUGGUUGAUGGCCUUGAUAUUUCGAGGGUUGAAAUUCGUACUGAGCAGUCUCUUGAUAUCCGAGAGUACGUCCACUCCAAAAACACAGAUAUUCAAACAUUCCAGAACUCGGACGAAAUGAUCCUAUGCAUGGACCUCUUGUCUAGCACACUUCAACCGCUUGUCGACCAGCUUCGUUCACUGAACGCAUUCUGGGGAAGGGAUCCAAUGUCUCUGACCCCAUACGGACUCACGAAAGCGAGGCAGCAGUGGAUGAUGUCUGACGCUGGCCGAAAUGCACAUUUUGGCCUGAAGAAUAAGGUCAACGCUAUCUUUACAGUCCUCGCGAGCAUGGCACACGGGAUCGACUUGCUCAAGUAUCAUGGAAUUACUCCACUGUAUCGUCAUCUGUCGCACUUUCAGUCUAAUACUGACGGAAAGAAAGGAGGGAAAUAUCAGCGUGAGAUCGUGCAAAAUGAGCACUUCAAGAAGCUGAUGAAUUACCUCACUCCAUGGACCAAGAACCCUGAGUUUAUCGGACAUCCAAAGCUGGAGUACUUGAAGCAGGUUGUUCUGAACCAUUUUAUGGACGCUGGUGAGGGCGCUCAUGGGGCUGUUGGUGAAAACCAGACGACCACCAGAGUGAUGAUAUUCGUACAUUUUCGAGACAGCGCCGAAGAAGUGACGAGGGUGUUGAAAAGAUACGAGCCAAUGAUUCGACCCCAUGUUUUCGUUGGGCAAAGCAGCGCAAAAGGCUCAGAAGGAAUGGGCCAAAAGACUCAACUUGAUAUUGUUCAGAAAUUCAAGAAAGGAACCUAUAACACGAUCGUGGCAACUUCAAUUGGCGAGGAAGGGUUAGACAUCGGAGAAGUUGAUCUCAUUGUGUGUUACGAUUCCUCGGCUUCUCCCAUACGCAUGCUGCAACGCAUGGGAAGAACAGGUCGAAAGAGAGCCGGUAACAUUGUUUUGCUCCUUAUGCAAGGCAAAGAAGAAGAGAGCUUUCUCAAGGCGAAGGACAAUUACGAGAAGAUGCAACAGCUUAUAGCCAGCGGAACCCACUUCACGUUCCAUGACGAUAGAUCUCCACGCAUCAUACCAAAGGGAAUAAAACCCGUUCCGGACAAGCGACAUAUUGAUAUUCCGGAAGAGAAUGAAGGUAGCGGCCUCCCAGAGCCGAAGAAGCGCAAAGGACGUGUCCCAAAGAAACCACCGAAGCAAUUCCAUAUGCCCGACAAUGUUGAAACCGGUUUUAUGACGGCAUCCAGCUUGACAGGAACAUCAAAACAGACAACCAAGUCAAAAACAAAGCAAAAAGAGAAACGAAAAGUUCGAAUACCUACGCCAGAGCCAGCGCAGGUUCCAGACCUUGAGGAUGUCCUGCUGACUCCGACUCAGCAAAAGGAACUCGAGAGGCAUUACCAGGAUGUAGGAGGCACAAGCCCGCAGAUCAUCCGCUAUCCUCGAAAUGACGCGUUCCCUCGACUACAGUCAGUCCAACGGCCAACCAAACUUGUGAGACAUAGCUCUCUUACAAAGCGUGUCAUUGACGCAUUGCAACGAAUGAACCAGGUUGGCGCAGAGUGCGAACAGCGCUUCAAGGAGGUAAUAUCGCGUGAGUCGAAGCUGCCAUCUAAAGAAUCUCUUCUUUCUAGGAAGUCCUCGUCUGGUAAACGCCGUCAGAGCUUGGCCAAACCAAAGGCAAAAUCUGCCGAACUCCAGUAUCCGGCAGAGGAGCCGGCAGAGGAGCCCGAAGAGGACGAAACUGAUAUGGAUUUCCUAUCUCCCACCAAGCUAUUUGCAGAUUUUGGAGGCCAUCAGCAGCCGGAACCACUUCUGCCUGCCCGCGGAGCCAGUCAAGUCGAAGAUGACUUUGAUUUGCUAGACCCCGUCGCUCUCUUUACGCCGGAUGCCGAGCGUAGAGCUUCGCAGAAACGGAGAAGGAUUGUGCUCGAUGAUGACAGUGAUGAAUAA